CCUCGUAUAUUUUUAUUAUCAUUUUUACAUGUUGCGUAUAUUAAGACCCACAACCGCUUCCCGAUUUAUUCGAUUUUAUAGCAGCGAAACUACCAGUCAUGUUACACCCAACCUAAAAAAGAGCCGUUAACACCUUUAGCAAAACAUUUGCGCGAUUCUGUCAAGGUGACAGGACCAUUAAGUCUUUCUCAUUUUAUGCGAGAAGUUUUGGUGAAUCCUUUAAAGGGGUACUACAUGGAAGGCGAUGUAUUUGGAAAACAAGGCGAUUUCGUCACAUCGCCCGAGAUCAGUCAAGUCUUUGGCGAGUUAUGUGGUAUUUGGUAUCUCACUGAAUGGAUGAGGUUAGGUCGACCAGAAAAGACACAACUUAUCGAAUUCGGACCUGGUAGAGGAACUUUGAUGAGUGACAUGUUGCGGACCUUAUCGCAAUUUCCUCAUUUCUACAAGACUAUCACCGAUGUGCAUUUAGUUGAAGCUAGUCCAGGUCUUCGUAAAAUGCAAAGGGCAGCUCUUGUAAAGGGCUCUGGGGAUAAAGAUGUUACUAGAAUCGAAGGAAAUGAACACGAAGCACCAAUUGAAACUAUCACACGACAAGACGGUGUAAGAGUAUCAUGGCAUGAUGGUAUUGAGGUUGUCCCAGAUCAAUGGUCCUUUGUCAUGGCACAUGAAUUUUUUGAUGCCUUGCCUAUCCAUAGUUUCGAAAAAACUGGAUCCGAAUGGCGUGAAAUGAUGGUAGAUAUGGAUGAUACAGAGGAAAGUGAGCACAAUUUUCGAAUUGUUAAAUCACCCAAUCCCACAGCCAUGACAAAGUCCUAUCUGAGCGAUAAAAAAUUUGAGGUUGAUUUCAAAGAUGGGGAUCGUGUAGAUAUCUCACCCGAUUGCUGGGGUGUUAUGGAAAAAAUUGCGCAAUAUCUCGAUCGUAACGGUGGGUCUGGGUUGGCUAUCGACUACGGGCAAGAUUAUAUACAGGGUGAUACGUUAAGGGCUAUUAAGGACCAUAAAAUUAUUCAUCCUAUGUGUGAUCCCGGCAGCGCAGAUUUGAGUGCGGAUGUUGAUUUUUCGUUUUUAAAACAAGCAAUUUUGCAAGGAUCAGGUGUAUCCGCUUAUGGUCCAAUUACGCAAAAGGAUUUCUUACAGUCUUUAGGUAUCCAAGCUAGAAUCGAACAGUUGUUUAAAAACGCAAAAUCUUCUGCAGCAAGAAAGACGUUACUGGAUGGCGCUGAAAGACUGAUGGAUCCAGAGUUGAUGGGCAGAAUCUAUAAAGUAUUAGCCUUUUCGAAAGAGCCAAACACUAUUAAGGAAGAGCCUGUAGGAUUUGAAAAAAAGAAAUGCUUGUUAGAGUCAGAAGACAAAUAAAAAUUAUUUAGCAAUUAGUAAGACAUAUGA